CAUAUUAUCUGAGUGGGUGUGUCCUUUCUUCCCCUCUUGCCGUGAGACGUUUUUACUUAAUUGUUAAGAUGGCGACCGUACACUUAAGGAUCGGGGAUUUGGUUUGGGGGAAGCUGGGUCGUUAUCCACCCUGGCCGGGAAAGAUUGUGAGCCCACCAAAGGAUUUGAAAAAACCCAGAGGCAAAAAGUGUUUCUUUGUCAAGUUCUUUGGAACUGAAGAUCAUGCCUGGAUAAAAGUGGAACAGUUGAAACCAUACCAUCCACACAAGGAAGAAAUGAUUAAAAUUAAUAAAGGAAAAAGAUUCCAGCAAGCUGUUGAUGCUGUGGAAGAAUUCAUCAAGAAGGUUAAAGCAAAAGAAGCAUUACACAGUUUGGCAGAGGACAAAAACCGAAGUGGUGGGGAUGAAAAGGGUAAAGCCACUGAGAAAGGCAGAAAAAAUUCUGGUAAAAAAGUAAAAUCCCGUGGUGGAAAAGAAGAAAUGACCCCACGCAAACGUGGCCGUCCUCCAAAAGAAGACAAGGAGCUGACACAUGCAGCAUCAUCGACAGUGUCACGGAUGGGACCUGGAACAGUUUCUGGAUUUAAAUGGCAAAGUCAAGUAAACGAUGACCCUCACUUCCAUCACUUUCUACUCAGUCAGUCUGAGAAGCCAGGGUCUUCAUUAGAGCCCAUUAGCAAACGGCUGAAAAUAUUAGAAGAGGAUACUAGAUCAACAUCUAUUCAAGCUGCAGACAGCACAGCAAUAAAUGGGAACAUAAUCCCCACAGAUAAAAGAAUAGGGUUUUUAGGACUUGGUCUUAUGGGAAGUGGAAUUGUUGCAAAUCUUUUAAAGAUGGGACACAUUGUGACAGUUUGGAAUCGUACAGCAGAGAAGUGUGAUUUGUUCAUUCAAGAAGGUGCAAGAUUAGGACGGACACCUGCAGAGGUUGUUUCUAUGUGUGACAUUACAUUUUCCUGUGUUUCAGAUCCUAAAGCAGCCAAAGAUUUAGUGCUUGGCCCCAGUGGUGUGCUACAGGGAAUCAGGCCAGGAAAGUGUUAUGUAGAAAUGUCAACUGUGGAUCCUGAAACUGUCGUAGAAUUGUCACAGGUUAUAACCUCAAGAGGUGGUCGGUUUUUAGAAGCUCCAGUUUCUGGGAGUCAGCAACUGUCCAAUGAGGGAAUGCUAGUCAUUCUAGCAGCAGGAGACAGGUCACUAUAUGAAGACUGUAGCAGUUGUUUUCAAGCUAUGGGAAAAAGUUCGUUCUUCUUAGGGGAAGUGGGAAAUGCUGCUAAAAUGAUGCUGAUUCUCAACAUGGUCCAUGGAAGUUUUAUGGCGACAAUUGCAGAAGGCCUGACAUUGGCUCAAGCGACUGGUCAAUCGCAGCAGACAUUUUUAGAUAUUUUAAGUCAGGGGCAAAUGGCAAGCACGUUCUUGGACCAGAAGUGUCAAAAUGUUUUACAGGGAAAUUUUAAACCUGAUUACUAUUUAAAGCAUAUUCAAAAAGAUCUCAGGUUGGCUAUUGCAAUGGGAGAUUCAGUUAAUCAUCCAACUCCAAUGGCAGCAGCUGCUAAUGAGGUUUAUAAAAGAGCAAAAGCACUGGACCAGUCUGAUAAUGAUAUGUCAGCAGUGUACAGAGCGUAUAUUCACUGAAAAGCAGCCAACAGUUUUAAUCCUGGACCAUUUUUUCUUGCUUUUUUUUAAUUUUAUAAGUGAAUCUGCUCAAAUCUGCUGUAAAGGCAGCAGUAUGAUAUUUUCCCUAAAUUAUGGGGAGAAGUUUUUGAGUAGCCAAACAAGUGAAUUGCACUGACUUUGUUUAAAAAAAAAAAAAGAAAAAAUACAGCAACAGCUGCAAUACUCAAUAUUGACUGAGUUAAACAGUGUGUUGCUCUUUGUUUUACUUUGAAAUUUAAAGUGACCCAGAGAAGUAAUUCUAAUGUAUCAUGUAAAGUUAAAUGGUACCCAUGGCAAUGCUCAACAUAGAUUACAGAUCUGUAUUUUAGAUUUAAUGUUCCUUUUGAUCAUAACUUUCAUUUUUGUCAAGAGUAUCCUUGUUAUAUAUUGUUGCAGUUUUAUUUAAUUUUCAGUGUAACACUUUGAGUGUCUGGAUUUAAUAAUUUGAUCGUGUUGGAUAUUGGCUAACUGCUGCCGUAUGCAACAUGAAAUAAGAAAGCUGGAGAUGCACCAAGGAAAUGCCACUGCAGUCUAUAAAGUGUUGUCCUGAAUGCUAAAAAUUAUUUAUUACUUCUUUUGUCUAACUUAAUACUUAAGAACAUGUUUGUCUCACUGUUUUCUAUUCAUUGUGCAGUAAAUUACUGUAUACGCCUUUUUCAUGUUGCAGAUUUAUAUGGACUUGUAACCGCUGUUAAAACAUUUUAAAGGAUGCAAAUCCCUUGGAUCUGAGAGAACCGUUUAAAAUUGGACCUUUGCUAAGAGUAUUGGUUUGCUUGAGGAGAAAUGUGAAAAACCUUAGGCUUAAAACAAUUUUGAUACUUGGUAGAAAGCAGCUGUUUCAUGGGUGUUAUGACUGUAUAUAACUGUUUAUCUCUGGAGAUAUUCCAUUGUUAAUUCCAUUUAUUGUAGAAGGUAGAAAUAGACUCAUAAUUCACUUUUUUUUUUUUUUCUUCCCUUUGGAUUCUGGCAUGUUAAACGUAGCCUGCGUUCACUACUUUUGCUUUACUUAUGGAGUACAACUAUAAUGGCAAUCCUGUUGAUAUUCUGUAUGAUACUGAAUUUUUUUAUGUUGUGAAGGGGUAGGGAAAAUACUGUGUAUUGAUCUCAUUCUUUUAACUGUUUUUUGGAAAGAAUUUAACAUAAACCUGUUGGGUUUAAAAGAAAAA